AUGGUUAGCUUUUUGAACAUCGCAUUGAUUCAACUUGUGAUUGUUUUGUUUGUUGCAAAUUUCUUGGAGGCCACGAAACUGAAUGUGAUGGACAAAUGCUGGAGACCAAACCCGCAUUGGCGUAGAAACCGCAAUCAGCUUGCACGGUGUUCGGUUGGAUUUGCCGGAAAAAUGUUGGGAAAUAUCGGUAAAGGAGUCACACAAUACAAAGUAACCGACCCUUCUGAUGAUCCUUUAAACCCUAAACCCGGAACUCUAAGAUACGGAGCAACACUCAUCAAAGGCAAAAAAUGGAUCACAUUCAAAAGAAACAUGAAGAUCAAACUACACAAACCCCUUCUAAUCAGCAGCUUCACGACACUCGAUGGUCGCGGUGUUAGCGUUCACAUCUCGGGCCCUGCUUGUCUCAUAGUCUAUAAAGCCACGGAUGUGAUCAUUCAUGGACUUAAGAUCCAUGAUUGUAAAGCUCAUCCACCAAGCUCAGUGAUGGGACCAGACUCACAGAUCAUUCAACUUGGACAAGUGGACGGGGACGCGAUCAGGCUAGUCACGGCUAAGAAAGUCUGGAUCGACCACAACACGCUCUAUGAUUGCGAAGACGGUCUAUUAGACGUCACAAGAGGGAGUACUGACGUCACAGUGUCAAACAAUUGGUUUAGGAACCAAGACAAGGUCAUGCUUCUUGGACAUGAUGAUGGCUAUGUAAGAGACAAAGACAUGAGAGUCACUGUUGUGUUUAACCACUUUGGUCCUAAUUGCAAUCAGAGAAUGCCAAGAGUGAGACAUGGAUAUGCUCAUGUGACUAAUAACUAUUACCAAGGGUGGACUCAAUAUGCAAUUGGAGGAAGCAUGAGCCCUCGUGUUAAAAGCGAAUCAAAUUAUUUCGUCGCACCAAAAUCCGGAAGCAAAGAGAUAACUUGGAAGAAACAUAGCAAAGGAGAUCAAAUGCAAUGGAAGUUCUACUCAGUGAAUGAUUACUUUGAGAACGGAGCUUGUUUCGGCCUACACAAAGGUGUUGGAAAAGCCCGCCCCAAUUACGGGCCAGAUCAAAGGUUCACAGUCGCAAACGCUAAAACCGUUAAAGAACUCACUUCUUCAGCUGGAGCGUUACAAUGCACCAGAAACUCUAUCUGUUAG